GGUCACCCACGAAUGAGGAAAGAGAGACGACGAAUGUAGUUUACUCUUCGUUACUAGAGACUGUCCGCAGGCGAGCGGAGCGUUUGUAUAUAUGUAUGUUGCGAAGUAGAUAUAGGUCAUACAAGAGGUUUUGGCGAACUAUGAAUAGAGAUCUCUCCUCGACGCUGAGGUUCGCGCACUCAAUCUCGGUAGUGUUAUCAAGAUCGUACAGGCUGCACUUCGAGGGUCCCCUUCUUCUUGCAACUGCUACCGAUCACAACUGGCGGAUGCUGAGUCAGCUUCAAUCAAAUUUCAAAUUUGUGGUCGAAGAACUCCAUCUCACUGUUCUCACUGUCAGGUAUUCGGAAUCGCUAGGGCACUGUCCACUUUAAUUCACGUUCGUUCGCAGUAGACGACGAAGCCUUGACAGGCUCCAUGGUAGCACAAUCAGUUUGCAAAGCAACAGGGUCAGAAAUCGACUUCAGCUACUUCGGUGGUGCUGAGUCUUUCACGGAAGGGAAACGUUCUCCACGUCGGACAACCGUUGUUUCUCCUUCUGAACAGGAUGACGGUGUGUCCUACCCAGGUCCACCCCAAGACCCCACAGAAUUUCUGUGGAUAAUGACAGAGGAACCUCACCGCUCGCGACGUAUGGCGAUCAUGAAAGCGCACCCUGAAGUUACGAAGCUCAUGGGCUACGAACCUCUCACAAAAUACGUCGUACUGGCUGUCGUGUCACUGCAGCUCUACCUUGCCAUGUAUCUCCGACACUUUCAUCCGCUCUCUUUCCGCUUCCUGUUCCUCGCGUAUGCUGUAGGCGGUACCACCAACCAGAAUCUUUUCCUCGCCAUUCACGAGAUCACGCAUAAUCUAGCAUUCAAGGGCAUAAAUACAAACAAAGCCCUGGCUGUUUUCGCGAACUUACCCAUCGGUGUACCCUAUUUCGCCGCAUUCAAGAAAUACCACAUAGAGCAUCACAAACAUCUUGGAGAGGAUGGGAUAGAUACUGAUCUGCCCACAAAUUUUGAACUGCUUUGUCUCAAUAACGUUCUUGGAAAGACAUUUUUCGCGACGUUCCAGAUAUUCUUUUACGCCCUGAGACCUGGCUUUGUCAGAAUGCAGACGCCCACCCGAUGGCACUUGUACAAUGUGAUUGUGCAGCUUCUCUUCGAUUAUGUCCUAGUGCGCACCUUCGGCAUACGCCCCCUGCUAUACCUGCUCUUCUCGAGCUUCUUUGCCGGGAGUCUGCAUCCAUGUGCAGGCCACUUCAUUGCCGAGCAUUAUGUAUGGGACGGUCUCAACCAGGAAACCUAUAGCUAUUAUGGUCCCCUGAACAUCCUGGCUUACAACGUUGGCUACCACAACGAGCAUCAUGACUUCCCUUCCGUGCCAUGGACGCGUCUUCCAGCAUUGCGAGCACUGGCACCAGAGUUCUAUGAUAUUCUUCCCUCACAUCCCAGCUGGCCGAUGGUCAUCGUGAACUUUAUUCGAGAUAAGGAGGUCGGCAUCUUCGCACGCGCAAAGAGGAUUGCCAAGAACAACAAACAGAAGCAUGAGAGUUCAAGCUCAAGUAGUGAUCAGGAGUGAGGUGGUCGACUAAUAUUUAGGUGCUUUCUUAAUGGACGCUGUAUAUACAUCGCCAUACGAUAAUCAAUCGGAUCUGCAGCAAGGAAAUGUGGAUCGGUAUUCGCCUUCAGCGUAUCUAGAGUGGCGUAUGUCCGAUGACUCCAAUCUCUCGUGCUCGUCUACCAGUCUUCUCCCCUUUUUUGCUCGUAGUCCAACGUUCGUUAACAUUCUCCAGCCUGUCAAAGGAUAACGCCGACUUGAUGCCAACCUUCCUUUUUUGGCAUAAACCUUAACCCCAAAUAUUAUCCUCUCC